UUCGUGGACCCUUUGACGUUUCAGAUAGAAAUGGACUCUCAAGUUUAUACCAAGGAGAAACAAUAAAUACAUCAAUGAGAAGAUCUAGUAUUCUCAUGCCUACUUCCCCAACUUAUAAAACGAAAUUCGUAUCACCAUCAAAAAGUUCUUUACUUAAUCCAAAUAGUUUUGAUAGAUGUUGGGACGAAUUAUUUAUGAUUUGUGGAGGAACCGGUAUAACUCCAAUGUUGCAGUUAAUUAGAUAUCACCUUGCUCAUAUUAAAAGUAAUAAAGAACCUGGACAAAAACAGAAAAGGAUUCAUAUGCAUUUAUUAUUUGGUAAUAGAACUAUCGAAGAUGUAAUUGAUGGUAUAAGAUUAGAAGAAUAUUCAUUAUCAAGUAGGGGAAUGCUUACAAUCAGUUACGUUCUUUCGAAUCCACCUGAAGAAUGGUCGGGUUUACAUGGACAAAUUAAUCCGGGAAUAAUACAAAGAUGGUUGAGCGAAGUCAAAACCACAACACCAACUACACCUACGUCACCUGUACCACAAUUUGGAGAUAUACGCAAGAGUCAUACAUUACGUGGACAUGGAUAUAAUUUACCUAAAUUACAAACGAUAAUAUCUGACGAACCUCCACCAAUACCUGCCAAGCCAUCGUUUUCACCAACGUUAAAACGUGGUGAUCAUCUUACAGCGCCUAACGAUCAAGAGUACUUUUCAUAUCAACCAUAUCCUCAUCAAACAAUGACGGAAGAACCAACGUCCAUGGAAAAGUCAACGUCAAGAAUUGAUAUUCCACUAAUUUCAAAAAAAUCACGCAAACCUGCUCCUCUAGAUCCAAGUAGUUUGCAUUUACUAUCACAUACAACACAGAGUAUAUCACCCACUUCAUAUCAUCCAUUAUAUAGACAAGAAGAUCAUGAAGACGAUUAUGAGAUAACUCGAGGUUCUCCGACUUCUAACAAGAAUUUUGCUAUAACGAAUCAGUCAAAUUUUAAAAUUAUAGUGUGUGGUCCACCGGGAAUGAUGAUUGUUGUUGAGCAAACAUUAUCUGAAAUAGGUUAUUCUGAAAAUGAUUGUAUUUUAUUAUUAUAG